AUGCCGCGGUUAACAGUUCCUCCUAAACAGAGGUUGGUGAGACAGCAGUCAUUAUGGUCUAAGGUAUCAGCCUAUCCGUUUGAUCUAUGGCUUUCCGUAUCGGAAGAUAUACAGCUAGUAGACUGGGAUGCAUAUGCCCAGCCUGUCGGCCUUCCCAGCGGACUUGGAGCUACAAUUAUAUUAUGGUUCUGUCGACUCUAUGUAUCUGGUUUUAGAAGGAAGACUGUAACUUCAGCAAACUCAUGGAAGAACUGGUUUCGAAAUUCACACACUGAUGACAUUCUGGUUGACUUUACCCCUGACCACAGCGGUUUUGCCAGUGGCAUUUUUAAAGCUACUUCCAGCUUUAUUGCCUACUUUGUGUCGCUUAUUAGUCUGAUUUUACUUGCGGCUUGUCUUAUGAAUGCUGUUUAUUGCUAUACAUCGACUAAGCAUUAUACACUGAUGGCUAGAAGCUCCGAUAAUCCACCUGAUACGCCCUCUGCGAGAAGAGUUAGGUAUGACAGUAUCCAGGAUGAUCAAUUGCAAUCUGCUGGUACGCCCAAUGAAAAUGAUACUGAUGAAAAUGAAGGAGAUUUAUGGUCUCUGGAUAUUUGGGAUCCACCUAAAUUCAACAUGUUUUUCUUCACGACAUAUUCGCCUUUGCAUUAUCUCAUCGUGUGGUACGCUCCUAUAAGCACACUUCAAUUGGUCUUACUCAUAGCAGUAUCCGGCCAUUUAUACAUACUUGUGCAUAUGUUCUUUAUACUUGUGAAGGACAAAUCUGUUGUUCAUAGUGAGGUGCUAGGAGAAUAUGGUAAAAAAGUAGUACAACCGAUCAUCGCUGUACCUCGUCGUGAUGUUUGCGUUGGCACUGAUUCCGAUGAAGUAGAAGUGUUUACGCCAGCACGACCAACAAAGCUUACGAUGCAUAGUGUACGUGACCGACCAGUUCUAGCACCUCCUACUUGGGGUUCCCCAGUUGGUUCAGCUCGAGUGAGUCGGUCGCCUCGAUCAAGACCCUCAGCUGCUCCAAAACCAUGGUCUCCCAAUGCGUCGAGACUAAGUUCUCCUCUACCGUCCAGUCGUUCCACUUCUACUGAUAGAUUGAGUUCUCCAUUAGCUAGUAGGAGUCGAUUUAUACCCAGCAGGUCCAAUCUUGGCCCACAAUAA